CCUUUAUUAUGAAUUCUAUUAGAGAUAAUUUUCCUGGUUUUUAUGCUAGUAUGAAUCAGAUAUAUAAUAUUAGGCAAUCAAUAAGGAGAGAUGAAAUGGAGGGCAGGACUCCCCUUCAACACUGUCUUCAUAUGGCCACAGAACAUAAUUAUGUGGUCUGGACAGAGUUGGAUAAUGACGGGCACUUGAGCAGACUUUUAAUUGCAAAUCCUACUUCAAUCCAAAUGAUACGUACGUGGCCGUAUGUUGUGCUGAUAGAUACAACGUACAAAACGAACAAAUCAAAGUGGCCACUAUGUGAAGUCAUCGGAAUGACGCCAACAAAUCACAACUUCUUGGUUGCGUUUUGUUUGAUGCGAGAUGAGGCGGCUGUGUCGUACUCGUGGGUGCUGCAGGGAUUGAGAGAUAUUUUCGGCAGUGCUCAGACUCCUAGCGUCAUUGUAACCGAUCGUGACGAAGGUUUAUCUGCAGCUAUUCGUGACGUCUUCCCAGAUGUACGUCAUUUGUUAUGCACCUGGCAUAUUGGCAACGAUGUUGAGAACAUGGUGGACAAGUUGUGCGGCGGCAAGAAAAAUCAACAAGGGCAGUUAUUUAGGAAAAGUAGAUGGAACCCCUUGGUUGAAAGUGCUACAAUCCGGGAAUAUGAAAAGAGAUGGGAAGGGAUCGUCAGUACGUGGUCGGUUAGGAACCGAAGGGUCGUUCGGUAUUUGACUGGAACAUGGAUUCCACUUAGAGAGAAAUUUGUGCGUGCGUGGACGAAUGAUGGUUUACACUUUGGUAACCAUACUACCAGCAGAGUGGAAAGCCAACACUCGUCUUUUAAGUAUUACCUUGGAAGCGGUAAUAGCUCAUUCGAUACCCUUUUCAAAAGGGCCACGCACAGAUCACAAAUCAACAAGCUAAAAUCCGACAAUCGCUACAGGAAUCCAUGA